AUGUCAAGCUCAAAGCGUGGUGCAUUCAUUGUCAUCGAGGGACUGGACAGAUCAGGAAAAAGUACUCAAGCCUCUCUCCUCCACGACCGUCUGCAGGACCGGCAAGAUGCAGGGGCUACAACACCAAAGGUAGUCCUGCUAAAGUUCCCCGACCGCACGACAGCCAUCGGGAAGAUGAUCGACGCGUACCUCCGUUCCGAGUCCGAGCUAGACGACCGCGCCAUUCACCUGCUUUUCUCUGCUAACCGCUGGGAACUUGCAUCUACAAUUGUAGCCCAUCUUGCACAAGGGACGACCGUCCUUGCUGACCGAUAUGCAUUCUCUGGUAUCGCAUUUUCAGCUCGUAAGGGACUAUCGUACGAAUGGUGUCGUGCUCCCGAGGUUGGACUGCCUGCACCAGACCUUACACUAUUCCUCAAUAUCAGUCCAGAUGUCGCAGCUGCGAGGGGUGGGUAUGGGCUCGAGAGGUACGAGAAAGAAGAAGUACAGAAAGGCGUGAGGCGGGUGUUCAAUAAAAUUGGGCGGGCAGUACAGGAAGAGGGUGAGGGCAAGUGGGUGGAGAUUGAUGCAGGGAAGACGAAGGAAGAAGUUGCAGAAGAGCUCUGGAAAGCGGUGGAACCGCUCGCCAGCGGCGUUCAAGGAUCUAUCAGUGGGUUAUGGGAAAUAAGUCUAAUCCCGGGCCGGGAUACCCAAGGUGGAACCUGA